AUGGCGAACCGAACGGAUCCAAGGGCGCGAACGGUUCACGGCACGAACCCGCAGAAUCUGGUGGAGAAGAUUCUGCGCGCCAAGAUCUAUCAGAACAUCUAUUGGAAGGAGCAAUGCUUCGGCCUCACAGCUGAAACCCUGGUCGACAAAGCUAUGGAUCUGGACCAUUUCGGAGGAACCUUUGGAGGAAAUCGCAAGCCUACCCCGUUCAUGUGCCUCAUUCUCAAGAUGCUUCAGAUUCAACCCGAGAAGGAGAUCGUGGUGGAGUUUAUAAAGAACUCAGAUUACAAGUACGUGCGGUUGCUAGGGGCGUUCUACCUGCGCCUGGUGGGCAAGCCAAUGGACGUGUAUCAGUACCUUGAGCCACUGUACAACGACUACCGGAAAGUGCGGAGGAAGCUGGAGAGUGGAAUGUUUGUGUUGUCGCACGUGGACGAGUUCAUAGAGGAGCUUCUCACGCUCGACUCCAGCUGUGACAUCGCCUUGCCUCGCAUACCUCGCAGAUGGACGUUGGAAGCAGCAGGGCAGUUGGAGUUGAGAAAGAGUGGGUUGGAUUACGACGAGAUGGAGGAGGAAGAGGAAGAGGAGGAGGAGGAGCCAGAACCAGUCACUGAUAAGGCUGAGGAGAAAGAUCGGUAUCGGGAAAGAGAGAAGGAUCGAGACAGGGACAGAGACAAAGAAAGAGAUAGGGACAGGGACAGGGAUCGAGACUAUUCCAGGGACCGCGAUCGAGACAGGGACAGAGACAGAGGCAGGGAGCGAGACAGAGACAGGGACAGGGACAGAGACAGGGACAGGGACAGGGAUAGGGACGGAGACAGGGAGAGGGACAGGGACAGGGAGAGGGAGAGGGACAGGGAGAGGGAGAGAGACAGGGAUAAGGAUAGGGACAGGGACAGGGAUAGGGACAGAGAUUGGGCAAGAGAUAGGGGUAGGGAGAGGGACCGAGACAGGGAGAGGGAUAGGGACGGGGGAAGAGACAGGAGCAGGGAAAGAGAUAGGGGUAGGGACAGGGAGAGAGACAGGGAUGGGGACAGGGACAGGGACAGGGACAGGGAGCGGGAUCGAGACAGGGACCGGGAUGGUGAUUCAAGGAAACGCGAUCGAAGAGAUGAGGCGGCUGAUGAGAUCAAAAGCUUCACUCAGUUGAAGACUACCUUUUCAAAGAUUGAUAAGUGCGAAGACCCUUCUCGACAAAGCCAGUUGCUGGAAGACGUCACUCCUAAACUUAGAGAGUGCAGAAGGUUGAUUCAGGAAUUCGAGCGCGACAUGAAAGACCUAGAAGCAAAGAACUCACCGGAAAGCGCUAUUCAGGAAGGCCAGAAGGUGAAGCUGAGUGAAGACGGAAGAACGGCUGAAGUUGUGGGAGCUCCCCGGCUAGCAUCUGCAAUGACGAAUGCUCAGCUAAUGGAGGAGGGAAAUCGUGUCAUGGGACAAAUGGACCAAUCUGUUUUUAGAUCCAAGCAGGUAGUUGAGAACACUAUCAACAUUGGGGCAGCAACAGCUACGACUUUGAAGGGACAGACAGAACAAAUGGAGCGGAUUGUUGAUAAGCUUGACAAUCUGGAAUUCUCCCUCAAGCGCACAACCAAGCUUGUGAAGGCAUUGGGCCGACAGAUGGCAACAGAUAAAUGUAUCUUGGCAAUGCUGGCGCUUGUUAUUCUUGGAGUGAUUGCCAUCAUAAUCGUCAAGAUUGUAGACCCGCAUAACAAGAAGUUGAGUGACUUUGGUCCACAUGCUCCUGCUUCAAACUGA